CUUCCUCUAUGAAUGAUUUGGCCUCGGCAAGCUUAGAAAGCCAUGAGCCCAUGAGUAACCACUUGCAACCAAGAGCCAAGGUAAUGUUUCACCAAGUCUACGAUAGGGGUUAGAGGUGAAAGACCAAAGGUUGUAUUCGUUCCCCUAAUAUUUGAUGUAUUCUCUUCUAUGAUUUAUAAGCUUUGUUUGAUCUUGGACAGGGAGAAUAGCCACCUAUUUCCAAACAAAGUUUCUGCUCUCAUAUAUAAAACCAUAGAUAAUAAUUUGGUAAGCUUAUUAUUGAAAGGAAGUGUCUAAAGAGUUCAUAUAGUUCUUGUAAUAUUCCAUACUACUUGUAUCUCCAUAAGCUCCCAAUGGAGAGGGUGGAAAAUUACAAGGGGAAGAAAGGUCUAAUUCUCAAGACUCUAGAAAGGUGUUGUUCGCUUGGUCAUCGAAGAAGCCGCCCGCCCUCCAUGCCGAAGAGCAAAUCAUGGCAGCUGUCUAGGUCCAGUGUGAAGCACAGAAUUGCACCAGGAGGCUACUUCUCGGUGUACGUCGGGCCUAACAAGGAACGGUUCGUGAUCAAGAUGGAGUGUGUGAACCACCCCCUCUUCAAGGACCUCCUUGAUGAGGCUGAGAUGGAGUAUGGUUUCAAGAGUGAAGGGCCAUUGGAGCUUCCAUGCGACGUCGAUCUCUUCUAUCGAGUCUUGUGCGAGAUCGACCAAGAGAUGGCUGCUUCACCCAAGCGUGGCUUCGCCAAAAUUUCUAAUGGAUAUCGGCUUCUCAGUCCCUCUCGUCUAUUGGUCAUGGGUCAAUUCUGAGCAUGAUCAUUAUCAGCAGCGCGUUCUGAUGCUGUCAAACAUCCUUUUUUGAGCUUUCUCUUUAGUGUUUUGUGGUUUCGGAGAAAACAGUCGACCUAGUAUAAGAUGGUUUAUUUGUCUAUGGAAAGUUUCUUUGUUCAUGGACAUCAUUUUUCUUGCAUGUCAAAGAAUUCAUGCAAGUAUCCUUCUGAUAUAUAUAGGUUUUUCCUCUUAGAAUGUGCAUAUGACUGUUCUAUUUCUAGCAACUUUCUUGAUAUUGUGUGUUAUCAUCGGUCCUGGCUCAGAUUAUUUCAUUUCUAAGAGUCCAAUAGUUCAUCAGGAUCAAGCAGGAAAAUUACUUUGUAAA